CAAUUACAUUUGACAGUCUCUUUAAUAUAUGCUCUAUUUGGUAAUUUGGGUAUCUCCUAAAAAGCUCUUUCUCUUCAUCAUUUAUCAUUCUUAUUUGUAUCACUCCCUAAAACUAAACCAUUCUUACACAAAUUGUUAUGUUUAUGUGUGAAAAGAGAAUUGAAGAAUACACAAAUAAAUAGAGCGUAGGCAAGUUUUGAUUAGAAUGGGGAAAAAGAGGGGAUCCGAAAUGAACAUUUUAUUUGGAUGGUUGAUGAAGUUAUCUAUCAAAGUUAAAAUCUUUUUGGGAACAUUGGUUGUGCUUUGUGCUUUGGUGGCUCUAGGUUUUACCAUCAAAGAUCAUGAAUAUUUCUUCAUAGUCGCUGAAGCUGUUCAUCUUGCUGGGACUAUUGUCCUCUUAUACAAGCUCUUCACCAAGAAAACUUGCUCUGGUUUAUCACUUAAAACCCAAGAGAUCACAGCUUUGUACCUAUCAGGAAGAUUAAUUUGUGGCAUGUUGUUGAGAAAUGUUGUUGGCAUCUACAUGUACAUUAUGCUAGACUUGGUAUUUCUCUUGUCAACAUUACUCACAAUAUGGAAGAUAAGGUUCAAAUUGAAGUCCUCCUAUAUUAAAGAGCUUGACACUGUACGAGUGCCUUUUAUGGUGGUGAGUUGUGCAAUCCUUGCUAUAAUAAUCCACCCGCGUUCAAGUGAUUUUUCUUUCACCAACACCCUUUGGGCAUUCUGUGUGUACUUGGAAGCCAUUUCAGUUUUUCCUCAACUUCGUUUCAUGCAAAAUGCAAAGAUGGUAGAAACAUUUACAGGAUAUUAUGUGUUUUCGCUUGGUAUUUCAAGAUUCUUGGCAUUGGCUCAAUGGAUAAUUCAGGUGAGAUAAAAUUGUGA